AACACCAUCUUUUAUGGCUCGCUCACUUCCAUUGAAUCACCUUCUUCUACACACCACUUCUUCUUCUUCUUCUUCUUCUUCACAGAUUGGUUUUGCAGUGACGACUCUUUUGCUUUGUGCCUUUGCGUUGCUUAUGUGUGCCUCUCAUUCCGUGAAACGACGUCGUCAGAGCUGGAGCAGCUGGUUCUUCGGAGAAGAUCCAGAGCCAGUGAUAGAGAUCAUUCAGAAUGAAAGAGUUGAUGUCACUGUGACAUCAUCAGAGCAGCAUGAGGAGGCUUCCAUUUGGCAGAAGAACAUUCUGAUGGGUGGCAAGUGUCAACUUCCUGAUUUCUCUGGUGUCAUUAUCUAUGAUUCCGAGGGCAAUAUUGUCACUUCAUCCAAAACUCCUCGUCCUUUGUUACUUACAUGGAAAUAAGCAUGCAACCACAAAAACUGCUACUAGAAAAAGGUGAAAUAGAGAUAGAAGAAUUAAGUGAGAGAGCAUUAGAAAUUUGAUAGGGAGAAUGUUCGGAGGUCUUUAAUUUAAGUUAGGUUUUAAGUGUCAAAAUUAAAUUUACAAAUUUAACUUUUAAUUUUAUAAUUUUGAUUAUAAUGAUUUUGCAACUUGUGUUUCAAAUUUUAAUAAGAAAAAUAAAAUUUUUUAUUGUUUAAUCACAAUAAAAUUUAAAAAACAAGUUGCAAAUUCAUUAUAAAAAUUAUAAAAUUGAAAGAUGAACUUGCAAAUAUUUAAAAUUUGACAUUUAGGACUUAAUUUAAAUUAACUUAUUCUUUUGGGACCUAUCAGUCGUUCUCCCAAAAUGAUGAGAUAAUUUUCAUCUGCAUUUCAAUUGUUGUGUCAUAUUUUAUUUUAGGUGGCUUGAUUACUGCAA